AUGCGAAGUAUCCUCUUGUUUCUACUCAUCAGUGCUGACAUUUAUAAUGUUCAGAUAAACAGUAUUCCUUUGGACGAAAUUGGACUUCCACCGGUACCAAUUUUGCCUGGAGCAUCUCCAAACGGACAACCCCCAAAACCCGCACCACCCCCACCAAACGGACAACCUCCACAAUUUGGGCCACCGCCACCAAAUGGACAACCUCCACAAUUCGGGCCACCGCCACCAAAUGGACAACCUCCACAAUUUGGGCCACCGCCACCAAAUGGACAACCUCCACAAUUCGGACCACCGCCACCAAAUGGACAACCUCCACAAUUUGGGCCACCGCCACCAAAUGGACUACCUCCACAUUUUGGACCACCGCCACCAAAUGGACAACCCCCACAAUUUGGGCCACCGCCACCAAAUGGACUACCUCCACAUUUUGGUCCACCGCCACCAAAUGGACAACCUCCACAAUUUGGGCCACCGCCACCAAAUGGACAACCUCCACAAUUCGGGCCACCGCCACCAAAUGGACAACCUCCACAAUUUGGGCCACCGCCACCAAAUGGACAACCUCCAAAUUUUGGACCACCGCCACCAAAUGGACAACCUCCACAUUUUGGGCCACCUCCACCACUUGGUCAAUUCCCACAUUUUGGACCACCUCCACCAAUCGGACAACCUCCACAAUUUGGACCACCGCCAUUAUUUGGACCACCGCCACCAAAUGGACAACCUCCACAAUCUGGACCAGCUCCACCAAAUGGACAACCUCCACAAUUUGGACCACCGCCAUCAUUUGGCCAAUCCCCUCAGUCAGCACCACCUCCUCAUUCAUCAUCUCCAUAUGCAUCUGUACCGACUAGUCAACCACCUUCAGGUGGACGGUCUCCUCCAGCGGGAUCACCAAUAUCCGACAAUGAUGGAUCAAACUCUUCACCUCCUGGUGAAUCUGAAUACCCAACAACAGAGGAAUAA